AUGUGAAAGUUCAGCCACUCCACGUGGGUGUAUUCAUCAUGGUACAGGGGAAGUAAAUAAGUUAUUGCAGAGAAGAUAGAUGAUAGUGCUGUCAGAAAUAAUUUGUCUAGUUUAAUAACAUUUAUUGUAAAUCAUGCCGAUGUUGUACAAAUGAUAAUUGUUACAUCCUCACUGGAGAGUUUGUAAUGCCAUGCUGAGGUCUUGUCGGAUCAUUCAUAUUUUAUCACGUCAUUUAUCCCAUUUCUCAAAAUCAAAGGGUGGCCAGGUCCAAUAUUAAAAUCCCGUGUAUUUUGCAUAUCCUGCAAGAUGACUGAGGAUUCAAUCAAAGCAUUGAAAAGACCAGCAGCAGAUGAUCCGCUCGUUGAGACUGAACAUGAAGACAAGAAGCUUAAAACAGACCAAGAUGAGAAGAAAUACCCCAAGAAAAAAGUGGCCCUGCUGAUGGCAUAUUCAGGAAAAGGCUAUUAUGGGAUGCAGAGAAAUGCAAAGAACUCUCAGUUCCGAACCAUUGAGGAUGAGCUGGUCGCUGCUCUUGUCAGAGCUGGCUGUAUUCCCGAGGGCCAUGGAGAUGACAUGAAGAAGAUGUCUUUCCAGCGGUGUGCACGAACGGAUAAGGGUGUUUCUGCUGCGGGUCAAGUCGUGUCUCUGAAGGUGUGGAUGAUUGAGAACAUCCUGGAUAAAAUCAACGCUCAUCUGCCAUCUCACAUAAGAAUUUUAGGAUACAAGAGAGUCACGGGUGGCUUCAAUUCCAAAAACAACUGCGAUGCCAGAACGUAUUCCUACAUGCUUCCUACUGUGUCUUUCUCGCCGAAGGACUACAACCAGGAGGACACGUCAUUCCGUGUGAGUUCAGAGACCCUUCAGAAGGUCAACCAUUUGUGUGGCCUGUACAAAGGCACCCACAACUUCCACAAUUUCACUUCGCAAAAAGGUCCUCGGGACCCCAGCGCCAAGCGCUACAUCACCCACAUGUCCUGCGGAGAGCCCUUUGUGAGACAGGAAGCUGAGUUUGCUGUUAUCACAGUGAGAGGCCAGAGCUUCAUGAUGCAUCAGAUCCGGAAGAUGAUCGGCCUUGUGAUCGCUGUAGUUAAAGGAUAUGUGGAUGAAGGGGUGAUCGAGAGGAGCUGGGGAGAGGAGAAAGUUGACAUUCCCAAGGCUCCUGGGCUGGGAUUAGUGCUGGAGAAAGUGCACUUUGACCGCUACAACAAACGCUUUGGCGGAGAUGGCAUCCAUGAGACGCUGGAAUGGACUGAUGAAGAAGAAGCCAUCGCUGCUUUUAAGGACAAGCACAUUUAUCCGAGCAUCGUGGAGACUGAGCUCCUGGAGAAGUCCAUGGUGAACUGGAUGGCUACGCUAUAUAUCCAUGAUUUUGAAGCAACAGCCACAGGAAACCAAGAGCACAAAGAUGAUGACGAAGAUGGAAACGCAUCAGACUGAAUCACUGAGACGAAGACAUUCUUUUUGUUAGAUCUUUUAUUUUGGUUUUUACUUGUGUGCUAAUAUUCAGUUCCAAAGUUUAAACUGUAAUGAUAAUUCUGAAAUAAAACAUUUUUUUAUGUCUUGAA